AUGCCGUCUCGUUCACACUUUGGAAAGCUGGGAGCUCUGCUUUCCGUCAUUGGCAGCGCCUGGGCAAAGACCGUCACUACCACAAAUGGAACCAUUGAGGGCGGCAAGUGCGACGGUUACGAUGUAAACUCUUUCCUGGCAAUUCCAUAUGCUCAGCCUCCUGUGGGAGACCUUCGCUUUGCCGCACCAGAACCAUAUAACACGACAUACGAUGGGGUACUGAAGGCCACGUCUAAGGCCCUCAACUGCCCUCAAUUUACCACCGGCGGCGAACUUGUGGAAGGGGCCUUCUCUGAAGACUGCCUGUACUUGGACAUCUGGGUCCCAGCGGGUGCAACCAAGACCUCAAAGCUACCAGUCAAAGUUUGGUUGUUCGGUGGCAGUAAUAAGGGCGGGAGCAUCUCAAUGGCUCUCUACGAUGGUUGCCCCUCGGCCAGAGAUAGCAUCGUUGUGUCCCUCAACUAUCGCCUCGGCCCCCUUGGUUUCCUGGCGUACGAGGAUGCUGGCCUUAGAGGCAACUAUGGUAUUCAAGACCAGCUGCUAGCACUGAGCUGGGUUCAGAAGGAGAUCGGCGCCUUUGGCGGCGAUCCGGACAAGGUUCUGUUAUUCGGGCAGUCGGCCGGCGCCUACGACACCUACGUCCUCAGCUCUCUGCCCCAGGCACCCUCUCUUUUCCGCGCCGCGGCCAUGGAGUCUAGCGGAGGACAUGACUCGCCAAACCUAGCUUGGACAAAGCCAUUUUAUUCGGAAUAUAUUAGCGGAGUUGGCUGCGACCUGGAUGAUCCCGACUCCAUCACCAAGUGCCUGCGCAGCACAUCCAUAACGGCUAUGAACAAGACGUGGCAGGCCGAAAACAACGCCGGCCCAGACGUCCCUACUGUAGGCACAUUAUAUCAUGGCAAUGGCAUCGGUAGCGCUUGGCUUGCCGUGGUUGACGGCAAGGUCGUCCCCGAGAACCCGGGCAAGAUUGGUUCUCGCGUUCCAGCCAUCUUUGGCAACACGGCCAACGACGGCAGCAUCGACGUUCUUACGCAAUAUGGCACCGGCAUUGCGAAUAUUACCGAGGCUGAUUACAAUGAGUUUCUGUCCUACAGCUUUGGAUCGCUUGCAUCCACCGUCAAGAAAACAUACCCUUGGAGUGCUUUUAAGGACUCGCCUUAUCCCGGUUACACGGCCAUGACAACUAUCAGCACUGACUACUCCGAGAUAUGCCCCAAUUAUCGUGCCCUGAAGCUUGCUGCCAAGAACGGUAUCGAUGCCUGGGCCUACAACUUCAACCACACCGACACCUGCGCGUGGGGAUUCGAUGUGCCGCAGUCAGAUGAGAUUCUCGCGAUUCUCGGUCCGACGCACACGAGCGAGAUCCCCUUUUGUCUUCGGACAGACUAA